CUAUUAUGAUUAAAUGACCUAAACAGCCCCUAAUAUAUAAGGGCAAUCUCGUAGUUUCGCACGUAACAACAAUUAACCUGAAGGUAGAGGCAUAUUUCUUCUCAAAAGGAUUCCAAAGCCCAAAAACCAAAGAGAAAAAAAGGAAAGAGAGAAAGAAAAUUCAGAAGAAGAGAGCUCUUUCGCUCCUCUCUCUCUCUCUCUCUCAUCCACCCUCAUCUUCUCCUUAAGCGCUCUCUCUCUCCUCACUUUCUCUCUCUACAUUCCUUCCCUGCGAUCUGAUCGCCCUAAUAUUUGGAACAAUCCCCCUUUUCAGUCUCACAUUAUUCCCUUCUCCCAAACCCUAAUUAGGUUUUCGUUUUUUGUUUUUAGAAGAAAUUUUGAUCAUUUUUUAAUUCCCUUUUUGCCCCUUUAACGCGUCGAUCAACUCAUCGUCGAGUCGACUUACCCUAACCCUAAUUGUUUUUGCUUGUGUUUGGUGCUUUCCAUGGCUGCGAUUAAUACGACUGCUGCUAAUAGCAAUUCCUCAGUUGCGGCGGCGGCGAUUGCUCCGAUGACGGCGGUGAAAUCGCCACGUCACGCCAGCGAAGGUGUCGGUAGUCCUCAAUCGCGCCGCGCCCCGAGGGCUUCUGGAGGUUCGGCAUGGAACCAGAUUGUUCGAGGUGAAUCGGAGCCGAUCGCGACUGUACCUUCUUCGACUUCGGCUGUAACGGAGCAAGUGGUCACCGCGACGGUUGCUGCUACUGCUGCUGCUGCUGGUGGUGGUGGUGGUCCUUCUUCUUCGUCUUCUUCUCCACCGCCGUCUGCAUCUUCUUCUCCUUCUCUUGUGGAGGAGGCUGGGGUUGAGAGCUCUGAGAGUGGCACUGGCCCCAACGGCAAUGCGGGUAAACGGCCCGCGUGGAACAUGCCAUCCAAUGGGAUUGUGGAGGUUGGAACGGUCAUGGGGGCUGAUUCAUGGCCUGAAUUAGAGUCUGUUAGAGCUUCGGCCAAAUCAUCUUCUGAUUCCUUGAAAGCAUUAUCGGAUGGAUUGUCAUCCGUUUCGAUUUCGCAGAGUUCUGGAACCACUGUGGCUGUGGCACCCACAGCUGCCCCCACUCAGAAACAUGCACAUCCUACCCCAACCCCCAGCCAUGCUGCAACUGCUCGCCAGAGGUCAUUUAAGCGUAACAACUCAAACGCAUCCUCCAACGGUUCCUCCUCUCAACCACCAGCACCAGCCAAUCAAGCUGUUGAUAUGGCUUCUACAAAUCCCUCUCCUAGGGAACAUACACAAAGGAGUGGAUUUGGCUCUCACUCUGAUGGAGGUGGUGAUCAUCUUCAGCAACGGAAUUCAUUCAGAAACAGGAAUGGUGGUAUGCACCCGCGUGGAGAUGGUUCUCAUCAUCAUAAUUAUGGGAACCGGCAAGAUCGAGGGAAUCAUGAUUGGAAUAACCGUAGAAGUUUUAAUGGUAGAGACUCACACAUCCAUCACCAAAGAGGGGUUCCUAGAGUAUAUCAUGGUCCAACACCUCCUAGUCCAACCUUUAUUCCUCCACAUAUCCGUCCUUAUGGUACUCCUCCCAUGGGCUUCCCAGGAGAACUGGGACCUCCAAUAGUAUAUCUUCCUCAUCCUCAGUUUGGAGUAGGAGCCUCAAUGCAGCCUAUGUUCAUCCCUACUCCAGAUCCUCAGUUACCCUCUAAGAUUGUUAACCAGAUCGAUUAUUAUUUUAGUAAUGAAAAUCUUAUAAGAGAUACAUACUUGAGGCAGAACAUGGAUGAUCAGGGAUGGGUUCCUAUCACCUUAAUUGCUGGUUUUAACAAAGUUCAGCUUUUGACUGACAAUAUUCAACUUAUAUUGGAUUCUGUGCGGAUGUCUAGUGCUGUGGAAGUACAGGGUGAUAAAGUAAGGAGGCGCACUGAUUGGAGCAGAUGGUUAUUACCCCAAACUCAGCUUCCUACCGUUCAAAGUCCCCGUACUCCUGGAAGUUCCUCCAGUCAAAGAGUUGCACUGGAAGAGCUGAGUAUUAACAACAGUAACAGUGCUUCAAACACCUACCAACCUCAGCUUUCCAAUGGCGAUGGAAGUGCUCAAGCUGGAGCAGAACGCUCGUUUUCUGGAAGAAAUUAAAGUAAGAAAUGUGCAUCAAUGCACAUAUUCUUUUUGAUAAAGAAAUGAAGGGGAGGAUAGGGGAGGAGUUGGAUGAGCAUGGGGGUUCUAAUGAGUGUCCUACAAUGGCAUGAUGAAACAUGCUGUCUUGCGGGGAAAAUACAAUGACAGAAUAGAAUGGGUAAGGACAACCACUAAUUAAGGAACAGAAGAAAAAAAAAAAGAAAAAAAAAUUAGUACUCUUUUAUGACUAAUUUAGUGGCAUGAGUUUUAUGGGAUAUUGAAUGUUUUUUGAUGGGGUGUUUUCUUCUUCUUAGUUUUUUUUUUUUUUUUUAAAUUUUUUUAAAUUUUUUUUAUUAUUAUUAUCUUUGAACUUCCAUGGUGGCAUAUGCUUUUUACUGCUUAGUUGGGGGGAAUUUUUGAUACCUGUUCCCCUUACCGCCCCUCAGCCGGUUUUUUAGAAUCUUUGGGGCCAUACUCUCCAAUUUUAGGGGAGAAACAUGUGAUUUUGUGAGAGUGUUGGAAGAAAAGCAUUUUCAGGAGUUGUCUGCAUACUGAAUGGGGGUGGGUGGCCUUUGCUGGAUGCUGGUGCUCGUGCCGCUAGGUUUGCUUUGUCACUGAUGGCAAUAUAUUAUUAUGUUCCUGUCUUUUUUCUCUUUUUUUUUUUUCUUCUUCCUUCCCUUUAAUAACACAUACUUUUCAAAAUUCCAUUUAUAUGUAUACCUUUUAUCUUCAAACCCUUUGAAGAUUUUACUGCAUAAAUGGUCCCUGAGGGAACAUACUACCUUUGAUUUCUCCAGAUUGCAAGACUGGAUGUGGUUGGGAUAUUUAAUGUUUGAUGAUUAAACUGAGGACCUUGUGGAACUAUUUGCUCAUUUGAUUUUAACUUUUAAUUCCUUAAA